AUGAUAAGAAGUACUGUUUCGCUAGUAUUCUUAUUAUGGUUAGAUGUAAACUUCUUGGAUGCUCAGUUCAUAUUGCCCGCACAAGAUGAAGCACUUCUUCGACGAAGUAAACGCCAUACGAGUAAUACAAGGGCUGAUAUAGAGAACGUUCGAAAUUUAUUGAAAGGUUUCCUUAAAUUAUCUGCAGAUGUACCGUUAACGCCGAAAAGACGUUCAAAUUUUGGUUCGCGACCUAUUGGGUAUAAAAUAAUCGAUCGUACAGAAUAUGCAGUGAAUAAGAAAAUUUUAAAUGAGGUCUUUGAAAGCGAUUUAGUGUUAACGUUACCGCAGAUGAAGGAUAUUAUGAGCGAUUUUCAGAGACGCAUUUCAAAUCAAGAUCAUCAAAUAUCUAAACGUAAAGCAAUUGUUGGGGACGGCUUUCGAUGGCCGAACCAAAUAGUGCCCUACGUCCUCAAAGAAACCGACAGUGAAUGGAGAAAACUGAUACUAAAUGGAAUACGAAAGUGGGAAGCUGAAACUUGUAUUCGUUUUGUAGAACGUACAAAUGAAACUGAUUAUGUCUACGUUUUUAGAGGAGCUGGGUGCUAUUCGAGCGUUGGUAGAAUUGGUGGCAGACAAUACGCUUCAAUCGGUUAUGGCUGUGAGAGUGGUGGAAUUGUGGCCCAUGAACUGGGGCAUGCACUUGGAUUUUGGCAUGAACAAAGCCGCCCAGAUCGCGACAAGUAUAUAAACAUCAAUGAAGAGCACAUAUUUCGUGGUACAAAAGGUAACUUCGAGAAGCGACGUGAUAUUGCUGACUUAGAUACACCUUACGAUUUUGGAUCUGUUAUGCAUUAUGGACCACAGGCGUUCAGUGAUGAUUGGAACUACUUGACAAUCGAAACAAAAGAUCAUCGAUUCCAACAUACAAUUGGUCAAAGACAUGAUUUAUCGUUUAUAGAUGUUAAAGAGGCAAAUCUAUUGUACUGCAAAGAUCGAUGUCGAGUGAAAUUGAACUGUUUAUAUGGUGGAUAUGAGGAUCCACGAAAUUGCGCCAUCUGUAAAUGUCCAACAGGACUGGCUGGGCGUCGUUGUGAAUCAAUACCCGUGUCAACUUCCCAUUGUGGAGGUGAGCUGACCGCACUGUCAGCAUGGCAAACACUUAAAAGCAACACCACUGGAAGGUGCUAUUGGCGUAUAAGUGCCCCAGUUGAUAAAGUACAUUUUGAAGUAAUUGAUACGUCAUAUUCAUGUGAAUCGUCAUGCGCAGAUAAUUAUCUCGAGAUUAAACAUUCCACAAAUUUGCAACAAACAGGAUUCAGGCAAUGUUGUAAUGCGGCUCCAGGAAGUUUCAUUUCGGAAACGAAUCAAAUUUAUAUUAUAUCGAAUGCACAAAAAGCACCAGCUGAGUUCGAGUUGAGAUAUAUUGCAGCGUCGGCCCGAAGUGCUCUGCCAAAACCACCGCCAGCUCAAUGGAACGGUGGCGGCUUAACGGCAUUGAUCGGCGCCGAAAAUGGAAUUGAUUCAACACUCGAGCAAUACGUUAUCAAGCAGUUACCGAACACGUUGCGUAAUUUCGGCCGUACACGAGGAAAUCCAUGGACGGGCAUUGAAAAUAUUGUUAAAUCAUUAUUAAUAAAUAAAAAUAAAUAA